AUGGGAAGAAGAGAUGAAGGAGUCAAGAUUCCAAUGCUGGUCAGAGAACACUACUUUCAUUGGAAGGUGAAAAUGAGAAUGCAUCUUCUCUCCUUGGAUCCUAGCUACAUCAACUGUAUUGAGAAAGGACCACAUGUUCCAGUUAAAAUCAACACUGCCCUGAGACUUGAUGGAAGUGAAGCUGAAGAUGUUGAAGUGCCUAAAAAUCCUUCUGAGUUCACUGAGGAAGAUGAGAAAGAAGUGCACAAGGAUAACAAGGCUAUGAACAUUCUGUUCAAUGGUAUUGAUGAUGACAUGUUUGAUAGUGUUAUCAACUGUCCAACUGCAAAGGAAGUACAUAUCUCCAAGUUAAGUUUGGUUCCAGACUAUUCAGCAGUUCUCCAAAUCGACUAUCAAAUCUCCAUGGUAGCUCUGGGCAAGAUAUUUGCUCAAAGGGAGGCUGGUGCAGUAAAGGUGCCCAAUGAGACAAAAAUUGUGCAAAAGAUUCUUCACUUGGCCGGAAAGGCUUUUAAGGAUUUUAAGGAAAAGCUCGAAGCUCACGAGGAACAAUAUAGAAAAAUUCAGGUUACCAACAACCUCCAACUUAAUGAGAAGAAGCAAGAUUUGUUGGUGACGCUGCAAGAAAGGCUUCCAAGAAAAGGAAGUCAUUCUUCAUCCCUGUCAAAGUUGUCCGAGCUUGUCGGAAGAGCAGAAGCAUCAAAAUUUGCUGAAGGCACACGUAAAGUCGUUGAGGAGGUUUCUCAUUGUAUUUACAGGAUCAUGUCCAAUACAUUGGGCGGUGUACAACAGAUGGAAUUAGUGAAAACUUGCAGAAACUGCCCAAAAACUCCAGAUUUGUUCGAGAUCUCCAGAUCUGUUGAUGUUUUUGAUUCAGAUGGUGGUGACGGUGGUGGAGAUGGUGGAGUUGAAGGUGGAGAUGGACGAAGGAUGAUUGUAGCGGAGAGAAAUAAUGGAGGUGGAGAUGGAAGUGGUGGUUUUGGAGGGGGCGGGCUACAUAAAGGUGGUGGUGGUUAUGGAGGAGGCGGGGACGGAGGUGGUGGCAGUGGCGGAUGUGGAGGUGGGAUGAGUUAUGCUGGUACGCGAAGCAGAGGAGCCGUGCGACAGUUACCACGCCUAACCUAA